AAUAUUUCUCAUUGCACCAUUUUAGAUGUAGUUUUAGUUGUAUAGUACGACUUGAUGCCCCACCCAAAGCAUUACACCCUGAAGCUCUCAUUCCAGAGCUGUAAUCAGUCACCGAGGUAUGCUAUAGUCUGUGUGAGCACUUAUGUAUGCAGGAUGUGUACUGACAACAUUCACUACACUAAAGCUAUAUUUAAGGAAAGCUCAUGUAAACUUAAUUCACAUUGGUUAUUGCACAUUUUUCUUUGCUUGCUUGACCUCUCAGCUCCUCUUGACAGAAGCCCAGGGGUACAUUUGGCUAUUUUGGCAUAACUCUUAAGAAACUUUAAGGCAGCCUGGCUGGACUCCACCUCUUCUAGAUGUCAGAGUUAGAUAUUUGUUUUGUUCACUCGUACACAGGUUUGCACAGGGUUAUCAGAUUACAUGCAAAUUGCUGGUUUUGCCACAUCGGGAUUUUGUUAAGAACAGUCAGUGCCAACGUCGUGCCUCAACAGGCAUGUUUCUAAUAUCAAGGAAAGCGAGCUGCAAUCUACAAGGCAUGACAGGGAGUGUGUUUUGUCUAGAAGAGUUCAAGAAAUUGCUGCACUCUGGGUGAGACAAUGACCCGUGACGUUGACACUGUCAGGAUUAAGCUUUAAUGAGGAUUUCAUGAACGGUCAUUGUUAUAUUUAGACCUCAGUUGCUCACAUUUUACCUGGACUUUCAAGUGCGAAGCCCUGCUUGAUAUGGAAGUAUUUCAAAGCAGCUGUUUGAUAUGGAAUCAGCACUUGCAGGAACGUGCUUAACCAAGAAUAAUGCCCAACAAGAGUGUGUCAUUCAAGGGACUAAACUUGUAUGACGACCAUUGUUUUGGAAUGCAGACUUGCAGGUAAUUGACAGCUUUGGAUGGGUGUGUGCUUGGCUUGUGUACCUAGCAGCAAUGGGAGUUAAAGGUGUAACCAUAGAGCGUUUAGGAGGGAGGGGUGAAGUGGAGGUACAGCCAAAGGGAGAGUCAAAGAGGGUGGAACUGACAGAGGGGGCGAGGUUGUCAGGGAAAGGGAAAUGAAGGAGUAAGCAAGAUUGUGCCUGCAACACAAAUUCACUCAGAGUACAGCUGAUAGAAGAAGACAGACAUGGUUGGAGACAAACUGGAGGAGAGAGCAAGCAGCGAGUGAGAGAACAACAACAAGCCAUCAGCAGCCAAGCUUGGCCACCUUAUCUUUCCCAUAUACGGAAACCACUGGAUAAUUUAUAAGCCUCUCCCUCUUCCUCUGCGUGAGUGUGUGUGUGAAAGAGAGAGGGGGGGAUUUGCUGAGCUCACCACCACCAUGCUGCGUCCUGCUGCUGUCAGUGCAGCUGUUGCGGCUGUCUGGCUGUGCUCGGCCCAGGCCUGUUUCUUUAUGGGCAACUCAGAGCCAGACUGCAGCCAGUGCUUCUACAGACAGACGCCUCCUCAGGGAGCCUCUGCAGAGCUGCGCUCACUCUGCCACAGCCUGCCCGGGGGACGGGCAUUCGCCACUGUGUCCAAACCGCCCUGUGACACGGCCGUCUACUCUGCCUUCCAUCUCAGCAACGGAUGGACAGAGAAGGAGGGGGAAGAGCUUCUGACAAAUGAAGACAUUAAAGUAGCAGUACCAGCCCUUCUCAGAGGAGGCGGGGAUCCAUCUCAUGCUGUCUCGCCCACAGACUCCCCGCUCCAACACUGGGACUCAACAGUCACAACACUGGUCCAGUCAAGCAUCACUCCCCAGUGCAGCACUUUAGGGGGUGAUCUCUACAUCCUGACCGGGGUAGGAGGUCUCGGGGCGUCUGAGGAUGGAGAUGAGGAGUGUCAGACGAAGCCGCUGUGGUCUGCAGUGUGCUGCGCUGUCCCAGAGGGGAAGAGUGGCUUCAGUAUGGGGUUAAUCAGAGAGACAGGGCAAGUGGAGAGGCAAGUGAGCGUGAAGGAGCUGGAGGAGAUUGUAGGAGUGUCAGAGCUGUUCUCAGAGGGCUGUGGAGGAGCAGAUGGGGUGGCUGUUGGAGUCAGAGUGGGUCUUCACAGUGAGGGGCUCCCUGGAAACAUAGAAAAGCGGGAUGCAGAUGGUUCCGGUGCCACUGAGGAAGUUGGUUCCAGUGCCACUGAGAAGGUCGGUUCCGGUGCCGCUGAGGACGUCAGUUCUGGUGCCACUGAGGUGGUCGGUUCCGAUGUUGCUGAGGAGGUUGGUUCCGAUGUUGCUGAGGAGGUCAGUUCCGAUGUUGCUGAGGAGGUCGGUUCCGAUGUUGCUGAGGAGGUCAGUUCCGAUGUUGCUGAGGAGGUCAGUUCCGAUGUUGCUGAGAAAGUCGGUUCCGGUGUCGCUGAGGAGGUCAGUUCCGGUGCCGCUGAGGACGUCAGUUCUGAUGCCACUGAGGACGUCAGUUCCGGUACCACUGAGGCGGUCGGUUCCGAUGUUGCUGAGGAGGUCGGUUCCAGUGCCGCUGAGGAGGUCAGUUCUGGUGCCACUGAGGAAGUUGGUUCCGGUACCACUGAACGAGAGGAUCUGCUUGAUGUGAUACAUUCAAGAUCUGUCGGAUCAGAGUCUUCCGACUCCUCAGCUGAUUAUGAAACUGUGGACGAACAAGAGACAGACACAAAUGGCAGCAGCACUCUGGUCUACGUCCUCUCCACCACCAUGUCCAUCCUUAAAGCUCCGCUGCGGCCUGUGUUCUCCACAGUCACACAGUUACCUGGACAGGUGACAUACGUUCUUCAGGAAGACCUCGGGGUUCUGACUGCCCUGCCAGGUGAAACCUUCUCCCUGCUCCACCUCCUGACCUCUGACCUCUUGUCUUGGAUGGGCUCAGCUGGAGACACGCUACUGGGUAUUGGGGAAAGCUGCUGCUCCAGCGCCUACUACUGCUCCUCCUCCAUGGUGGGGGCCCUGUGGGACAGCUGCCACACUGGGGUCACUGGCAUGGGGACUCUAGCUGGAGACACAGUGGGGAUAUGUGGCGAUGCGCUGGAUAAUGCUUGGUGGGUGACCAAGUUCUUCGGAGGGCGGCUGUGGGAGCAGAGCGAAGGUUAUGUAGGAACAGUGGCGUCAGAGAUGGGGGGUCAGGCGAAAGCUGUAGGUGGAGGGUUGGGGAGGCUGGUAUGGAGAAGUGGAAAUGGGGUGGUUAAUGUGUUUAGGAUGGGAGGGGGUUUAAUAAUGGGGAUGGGGGAUAUGGUCAUUGGUGCAGUGAGAGGGGCUUUUGGGGACGAGUCAGAGUGAAAAGUCGAGGGAAAGUCCACUUGAUGCCAUCGGUAACAAACUUUUUCAAAUGUUUUCUCCAGUUUUGGUUUGUAAAUUUCUUUAGCACGUAAGAGUGUCAAAAAGGGGGGACUAGUUCAGUUUGAUGUCAUUUGAUAUGCCUUAGAUGAAGAUAGCCAUAUGUUUUUGAAAUUUAGUGAAUUACAAAAACUUCUUACACUGUAGGUCGUACACUUCACUGUGGCUGGCUGUCCAAAUAAUCUGCUGCUGGGAUAAGUGACCCAACUGUGAUUCAAAAAACACUGCGCACAAGGCUUUUGGAUGUAAUUAUUAAAAACAAUUCUUGUAUGAUAACUGUUAUGAUAAAUGUUUGCUUAUAUGUACAUUUUAAUAAAAGAGAAUGCCGGCA